AUGAAGAAGAUGAUGCUGGAACACUACCAGCAAGUUCUAAGAUACGUGUCAAACUUCGCUGCCGUCGUAGUCGCGAUUCACGCGUACCGCUUGCAGCAGCAGCCGGACUUUGCCUCCACAUUCCAGUUUUCGGUGGUCUUCCUGCAAUAUCUCGCCGCCUGCUGGGUGGCGAGAUGGAAUGUCACUUUCCACACGCUUCGUUUGCUCAAUCUCCUCUCACAUAUUGGUCACGUCUCCUACGUCAUCAACAUGCACGUAUCUGCAGAGGAAGCAGAUUACAAUUUCCACUCGGUUUACUCGGCGGCCCUCCGCGUCUUUGUGGCUGCCGUCAUACACGACACGCCGGUGAUUAUCCCAUGUCAGACUUUCGUUUGUGUGGUGGAAGUUGCAUGCCACUUCUGCCUGGAGGGCGCAGCCCCCCGCGGUCCUCCCUGGCACUUCCUGGGUGCUCAAGCUGCGAUUCUGCUCUUAGUAUGUGGAGUCGCUAUUAUGGUCCAGGAGCGGGCCCGAACCAGCAUCAGAGCUUCACUGCAAUCGGCCGAUGCGAAUCUCUCUUUGGAAGGCUUCCAGCGAGUCUUGCGAAGUGUUUGCGAUGCGGACGUGCUGCUGGAUGAUGGCGUGAAGUUUACCGACCUACUCGACCAGGACGGAAAAACGGAGUUCGAGACAUUCGUCCGGAAAUCAUGCAGCGCAAGCCAAAGUCCACACAAGAAGGAGGAGAAGGAUAACAGUUGCAGCAUUCCCCCGUGCUUGCGCGUCUCGCUACCUAGUGCGUAUUCGCGGGUGGGCGUGGACAUUUUCCAUGUUCCCGUGCCACGCUUCGUGGAUGCUGCUGGGCCCCUUCACCUUCUGGCCUUUACGGAAGAUCCAGAUACGCGGAUACAGCCGGAUGCAACUCUCGGAGCGAUUCCAGAAGCGCUCUCGGUGUACUCCGAAGCGGAUGACGUUCAGGACCGCAUGUCCACUGCGGCAGAUUCGGAGGGCGGCUGCUCAAAACACAGUCUGGGCAGUUCGAUACUCUGCAGGGUACAUCCUGUUCCCGAGCUGCGCGAGCUUACCAUGCUCGUGGAUGCUAGUACGGACCAGCAGGAUGUGCUGCAAGUGCACGCCAAGUUUAAGCGAGACAAGCGAGUGGCAAAGUUUGCGCAAGAUCAGUGCCAGGUGGGUUCUCCAGAAAGAGAUGAGAUGCCGCCCCUGAUGCUUCGGAGGUUGGACGACCAAAACAAGUUCCUGGCGGCGAACACGGUGAACCUAGCACCUGGGUCCUGUUGGAUACAAUUUUACAUUGUUGUUAUGAAAAAACCCUAA